AUGCCCAAGAAAAGACAUCAGGGCAGAUACUCGAAACCGCAGUCCACAGCUCCCGCAGCUCUCUCGAGCAGCUCAGAUCACGAACGCCCCGGCGUCAACCAGCUGCUGGCGUCGCUCAGGCGCACAAGACGAGAUGGAGACAAACCGCAGUCCCCAGUCAGCGUCGCAAAUAUCGCCGCGCCAAGCGUCCCACCACAGAUCCGCGAGAUUCUGAGCCUUCCGGAGACACCGGCACCAGCUCCGAGAAGGCGCCCUCGCUUCAACCCUCGGUUUGAUGCCCUGGGUCGCAGGAUGCCCGCGGGCCCUCCGCCCCCUCUCAGCUGGCUCGCCCUGUCCCGACAGACGCAGAGGCUCGGGACUAGCGACCAGGACCCUCAGGACUAUGAGCAGUGUCUGCUUCCCGGCCUGUACAGGCCGAAUCGCGGGAGCCUGAGCGACAUGAUCCUGCGGCAGAUGGCACUCGACUGGGACUUUCAGAGGUCGUACAAUGUCUACUAUCUCUAUUCUCUACCCACACGUCUUCGUAUGGCACUCAUCUCGUGCGUUGCAACGAGCUACGAGCCUGGCCUGUCGCUGUCUGAUCUCAAGACCAUCCUCAUCCCGCAGGUCCCCAAUGAUGACGACAAGGACGACGAGGACGAGGACGAUCGUCACGCGCUGAGCCCGAGCUCGCUGAACGAGGGUCUUACUCACCUAGACCUGUCGACCUUGGUCGGGAGAACUAUCAAGCUGCGUGAUCUCUCGCGCCUCUUAUUUCCCUCUAAGUCUCAGAAGAGCGAAGGCGCUGUGCUGGAGUCCUGGGACGCCGUUGAAUCCCCACCAGUACCUCGCCCACUCCUCCCGAACCUCACACACCUCUCGCUCGCCGCCACCCCCGACACCAGUGCCAUAAACUCAUGGAGGCAGCUGCUCAGUCUUUCCGAGAACCUCCCGACCCUCACGCAUCUCAGCCUUGCCUACUGGCCGAAACCCUCGCUGACGCCGAACUCGACCUUCUGGAAGGUGGUCACGCCGCAAGGCCAGACGGUCCAGGCAGGCGGCACCAACUACUACAGCCAUACUCUCGAUAAUGACUGGUCCGAGGCGAUCCUCAUCCUGCGCAAGCUGAGCCAGAAUCUGUACGGGCUGGAGUAUCUCGAUGUCACGGGCUGCCUGUCCUGGUUUACGGCGCUGGCGGAGAAGAAGGAUGGUGAUCAAAUCGAUUGGGCUGGGGCGUGGGGCAAGGUCACGCACCUCGUGAUGCACACGGGUUCCAGUGCGCCGCUGAAACCUGAGGCAACGUCCAAGUACACUGAGUGGUUGUUCACGAUGGACAAGGCACAUUCCAUAGAGAAGACUGUCAGAGCCCAACGGGCGGGGCGAGGACGCAUCUUCACUGUCGAGCGGACCAAGUGGGGUGGAGACGUGUCGAGUGGAUGA